UGAACAACCAGGCCCAAUAACUAUAGGUUCGUAAAAAUCUACCUGUAUUUCUAAAACCCUAGUAAAACCCUUCCUCUGUUUUUUUCUUGAAACUAAGCAAAAAUGGCGUUCAAUUCAAUUCUUCGCAACAGGUCGAGUACUUUCGUGAGGGCUUUUGCUUCUGCGGGUCAAUUGAUAAGAAAAACCCAACCGGGUCAUCGCGCCGCUCUUUCCGCCGCCGUCAACAGAAUCGACGAUUCCUUUAUUCCUAGGUCUCACUUUUCUUCUGUAGCUGUCAAGAGCAAGCCUACCUCCGAUGAGAAUCUCCUCCGUGUCAUCGAAUCGGAAAUCACAUGUGCUCAGGAAACGGAUGAAUCCGGCGAUGCUGAGGAGGUUCCGAGUAAUUUUCCGUUUAAGAUAAUCGAUAGUCCAGGACAACAGACAAUAACACUUGAAAGGAGUUAUCAAGGUGAGGAAAUUAAGGUUGAGGUUCAUAUGCCUGAUUUGGUUACUGGUGAUGAACAUGGGAAUGAGGAUGAUGAUAAGGAUGAUGAGAGCGAGAAAGCAACUCAAUCAAGCAUUCCACUUUCAGUGAGUGUUGCUAAGAAGGGUGGACCUUCAUUGGAGUUCAGUUGUGUUGCGUAUCCGGAUGAGAUUGUUAUUGAUAGCUUGUCUGUUAAGAAUCCCGAUGUUUCUGACGAUCAGAUUCCUUAUGAAGGACCAGAUUUUCAGGAUUUGGAUGAGAGUCUGCAAAAGACAUUCCACAAGUACUUGGAAAUAAGGGGAAUCAAACCAAGCACGACAAAUUUCUUGCAUGAGUACAUGAUCAACAAGGAUAGCAGAGAAUACUUGGUGUGGUUGAAUAAGCUCAAGAGUUUCAUUCAAGCGUGAGCGUUGAUGGCGUACUCAAUUUCUGUCGAAUCGUCUGCGUACACAUUUGAAUGGAAAGAUUAAUAGUGUAUGGUAUCAUUGUGGUUUCAUUUGAAGGAGGAAAAUAAUCAGAAACAAUAUAUUAUGUUAAUGUGGUUUAGUGGUAGUUCCUACUUCCUAUUGCGACUUUACAUUUGGUUGAAAAUGUUUGCAGCUAUAUCCUUAGUAAGCUGAUUCUCAGGCUUUAUUACAGAAUCUUUGUAUUAUUAAGUCAUUAUGGAAUUAAUUUUUGCACUAUAUAUCUUUAAAUUAUUCUA